GCGGACGGCUCAUCUCAAGCCCAGCGAGGCCCUACCGCGUCUUGUGACGUGCUUCUAACCAGCGCGAGAACCGGCGAGGGCGUAUCGGACGGCGUACUCAUCCCCUCAACGGGCAGACGUCACGUCAAUUCGUUACUGUGAUAGGCUAACAGCCAUUCUGAACGCGAGGGAGAGAACAACCUGACAUAGCGUUCCCUCCGUCGGCCACGGAGCACCACUUUUCUCGUAAAGCUCCAAUCUCCCAAUCGCGUUCCGUCGAAUGGCUUCUACGGAGUGUCAGCUGGUUGCCGACCCAAAAGCUGGCAGGAACGUGCUCUUACGGAAUCAUUUAAUGACGAUGCAGGAAGCACCUCCGCGAAUAUCGCUGGGAGAACAGCUAGGAACUCCGCAAAGCGGGAAUGCCGGCGAAGGGAAAAAAGCGAAAGCCUCGUGUCGCAAAUUCCGAUGCUCCUGCUCUCCCAUGCUGCUAUAAGGCAGCUCUCACCUCGGCCUACCAGUCAUUCGUUCCUUCCACCGAAGACCCACCGUCGCUUCAAUCCUCCCCAAUCUUUGUCAUCAACCUUGCAUCUGCUCCAUCUCGAGUAGCAUCCCACUAUCGGGCGCAGACCUAUUCACUCCGCAAUCCUCGCGGUAAUCUCUGCGACUCGUGCAAUUCUCGCGGUAAUCUCUGCGACUCGUGCAAUCAUCGCGGUAAUCUCUGCGACUCGUGCAAUUCUCGCGGUAAUCUCUGCGACUCGUGCAAUCCUCGCGGUAAUCUCUGCGACUCGUGCAAUCCUCGCGGUAAUCUCUGCGACUCGUGCAAUCCUCGCGGUAAUCUCUGCGACUCGUGCAAUCCUCGCGAUCGGCCCACAGUGUUUCCGAGGAUCGCGUCAACCCCGUCAGUGCUUCUCGUGCAAGCGGCUCCGUCCAGCCAUGGCGCGUACCAUGUCACGGUCGGCGUCGCGCUCUCCUUCCCUCGACUUGAGACGACUCGCCCUCGUCAUCGCCGCGGUGCUCUCUCUCUCCUUGUGUGUCUCCCUCUGCUCCGCCGCGUCCGCCGGGCAACGCCUGCUGCAGGAGGGGCGCGGUGGCACGACGACUGUAACGACCACCACCACCACGAGCACCAGCGUCAGCAACAGCACCACGUAUGGCGCUGAUGGCACCGUUAUAAGCACCGGCUCCACCUCCGCCACCAGCAGCGUCGGAGGCACCAGCAGCGGGGGGAGCACCAGCAGCGGGGGGGUCAGCACUGGCACCGGAGGGAGCAGCACGGGGGGGAGCAGCACUGGGGGGAGCAGCACUGGGGGGAGCAGCACUGGGGGGAGCAGCACUGGCGGGAGCAGCACUGGGGGGAGCAGCAGCACUGGGGGGAGCACUGGCAGCGCGGGAGGGACGAGCAGCGGAGGGAGCAGUGCCGUUGUCAACUACAAUGCUCCCAUCAGAUACCGAGCUGCCUCCCGGCUGAACCCGAAUGGCGAUACGACCGCCAAGUUCAAUGUUGAUGUGAACGUCACAUCGUCCAAGCAGAACGCCCUCUUCUUCUUCUACGUCAUGGGCGUGCCGCCCACUCCCACGCCAACCUUCUCCAACCCCGCCUUCUACACCACGGCGGGCCAGCUCGUGCUUGAGUUCACCUGCGCUCCCACAGCCACCAAGACGGCUGGCACCUUCUUCUGCGGGAUGUCCGGGGAGGGUAACCUCACUGCGCCUUACAAGCCGAUCAACAAGGCCAAGAAGCUGGUAGAUUCUGGGUUGUUCACGAAUCCCGGAGGGUUCUAUGCGGCGAUUAAAGUGAAUGGCAUGGAGCUGCGCGGGGAUAUCACCUCGUCCGUUGCUAACGUGUGAUUGGCUGGCCGAUGCUGGCCAGUGGCCACCGUGUGCAUUAACGUUGGGGCAUUAGCUACCUGGUUAGGGCUUGUAAUGAAGCUCCUCUGUUCUGUUUCUAGUCAGUGUGAUUCUGUUGUGUGUGUUUGGGGACAUGUUAGCUACCAUCAAUUGACCUCGGUUAAAGGAAUCUCGUUUGGUUGUGGUGUAGUCUGUCAAA